AUGAUUCCUCAGUUCAAAGGCCUGCCUUUAGAAAUCCGCGAGCUCGUCUGGGAAGCGACCUUGCCGCCCGGUCGCCUAUUCCACGUCAGAGAUUCCAUCACAACGUACCCGGAACGAGGCCCGCCAUGCGUCAAGCGCUUCACGUUUCACAUGGCGCAUCGACAUCCCGUAGCCACACGAGUGUGCAGAGAAUCACGAGCCGCCGCCCUCCGCCGGGGUUUCUUUCUCUCCAAAUGCCCCGAGGCCUGGUUCAACCCCGACCGGGACAUGCUCUACAUCGACCGCAACCAGCGACGAUUUAUACAAAGACAAAGCGGGGAUCCCGUGUACCAGGUCGAGGGCCUAGAGCAGAUUCAACAUGUAGGGGUCGAAUGGCGCGCGUGGUUCCGGGACAUAGCAGUCUUCCAGUCGGAAGCGAGCAUGCACGAGACGUGGAAGCAUGCUCUGCGGUCGCUGAGACUCUACCUGCCCAAUCUGCAGACAAUCAACUUUGUGCUGCCACAAACUCGGCAUUGCGGAGGCAUGAGCCUUGGACGAGAGCCAUACGGAGCGUCGGAGAACCCUUGCCAACUCAUCACCCUCCCCGGGCAUGUAAAGGUACCAUGGGGCCAAACCUCACCCUCUGGCGCGACGCUGGAUCCUGCGGUUGGUGCUGUGGCAUUUGGGCGUGAACUGACGAUGCGCUUGAUGACUUGGGCCACGAUCCGAGACCAAAUGGUGAGGGCGCUGCAAGAUGACCGUGAUGAUGCAGCAAAGGAAGAGAAGCUUGAUGAACUUGGCCAUGUCCUCCCUGCUCCAGCACGAAACAUUCCGCAGGUCGUAGGGCUGUGGCUUAUUAGAACUGGCCAUUUUGGCGAUGAGAAGUUGCUCCAAGGUUUUGAAGUGAGGACAUUUAGAUCCUAA